UUAUGCAUUUUAGUCAUACCCUGUAGAGAACCAGUCCAAUUGACCCCGCCAAAAUGUCAACAUCGAUUAAUUAGUAGGUUUUCUAGUGGUUGAUUACUCAUGACUGAUAUAAAUUAGAGGAGGUAAUCACAAUGUGUAGGACAAAUAAAUAACCAAUAGAGAAGUUAAAGUAAAAUACUUGAAAUGGCUUCACCAAACUUGUCCGAAAGAGCUCACUCUCAAUCAUGCAGAGAGCAUGCUCAGAGACUUAGAAAUGAGGGGAAAAUGAAUGUUCCGGGAGGGCGACGUCUAUGGAGACAGAUGUUGAUUGGGUUUGUUUGUGCAGCUAGUCUUGGUGUGAUUUUGUUGAUACUUGGCAGUGUGUUCAUUGGGAAUGCUGUGAAAGGAGAUACAUCUAUAACAGUGAUGUUGUGUGUGUUGGGAAUGGUCUGUGGUUUGAUUAUACUGGUUGGUACCGGAAUCCUUGGUAAGAUGUUACUGUCGAGGAAAAUGAGAACUGGUGAAGAUCAGCUGAAUAGGCAUCAUCCACCUAAUUCUUGUCCAUAUGCUUGUUCAAUUAUAUAUACCCCAUCUCAAGAUCAGCUCAACGGACCAAUAUUCCAAGACCCACCUCCUGCCUAUGAAAUGGUGAUAUUUCCACAAAAUCAACUGCGUUCAUCUGAUGAUAGCAAUGUUGCCGGUAGUAUAGAAUACAGUGAUGGCACAAGAUGCACCUUACAUCCGGUCUUAAUGUCUCCACCUAAAUAUUCCAUUGCAGCAGCACCGAUUCCGCAAUAUGGGGAUCCCGUGUGAACAAAUUUGUGAUGUUGCUUCUGUGACAGUAUGCUUGUGUUUGACCAUAUCACAUUGUAUUUAUUGGGGAGAAUUCCAGGUCUACAGUUUUAAUGUCAAACAGAAAUGGUUGCAUUUUUGUCUUGUUGUGUCGUAAAACCUAAUUCCGGUAAAUUUUGUUGCCUUGGAAAUGUAAGACUAAGUUUAAUAUCAACUUAAAAUGAGAGGAGUGAUUUGAAUUUAUGAACUUGUUGUGGAGUAAUGCUCACAUUACUCACCUAUGGAAUAAUUGUUUAAUUAAAUUCAUUAUAUUAAUAUAAGGACAUAUUAUGCAUUUGAAAACAGAAUAGUUGCUAUGGAUCAUAUCAGUACAUUUGGUUAACAGAAUGGCCAAAAAACUGCUUGAUUUGGAACUUGUUAAUAAUAUAUAUUUAACAACCUUAUUUUUGUGGUGCUCUAUUUUGUGACAUUUGUAUGUUUUUAUCCACUCUAAUGAAUGUUUUUGCUUGUCACUCAGUCUGAAGUUGCUUUUCUUAAUUACUUUUUUUUAAAAAUAUUUUAUGUACAAUAGAUUUUCAUUGACAAAAGUAGAAAGUAUUUGUUUGACAAAAGUAGAAAGUAUUUGUUGGAGACUACUAAUCGUAACCUCAGGGUUAGAGUCAAUGGACAUUGGGACAACAAGACUUGCAAAAACUUUUGGGCAAUUUCAUUAUCAAUGACAUAACACUCGGAGGCAAAAAGCAGGAGGAAACUGCUUUAUGCAUAGAAAACACAAAAAACAACCAAGUAACAAAACACAGAACAACCAAAUCAAAAAUACGCUUCAGAACAAAAAUAGUGCUAAUGUACAUUUUAUGUGCAUUAACAUUUGUAAAAGCCCUCCAACUUACUUAAAUUUCUUUGCCUUGCAGGUUCAGAUUAUUAAUUUGUCUUGUGCUUCUGCAGAUGUAAUUAUUAUGUAUGAAAAAGGUGCAUUUACCUUCUUUCAUUGAUAACCUACCAUUCACAAAAUGGAAGUUUAGAUCUUGAUUGGCUUAUCUGAAGUGGGAUAUUCACAAAACUGUUGCAAUACUUACAGGAGUUUUUUUUAGUGCAGUCUUCCUUGCUUUGGAACUUUUCUUCCUAAAACUUUUGAAUUUUUGUGUAAUUUUAUUGCUGUUAUAAUUAUGUAAAUGAAAUAUAACUGUUGCUUUAUGAAUUUUUUUAGAGUUAUUGUUUUAUGAUUUUUUAAUUUUUUGUUUAAAGUCGUACUACUAUUAGUAUUAAAUAGAGCUGAAACUGAUCUAACAUGAAUGAUUACAGUAAACUCCGCUUAUAACGAACUCAUUGGGACAUUCAAAAUCUGUUCCUUAUAUCCGGAGUUCCUUGUAAGCAUAUAGCGAAUUAGUUCCUUGUAUCAGUAGUUUUUAUAGCGAACAGAUUUACAUAUAACGAACUAAUUGUUAAACAUCGUCCGCCAUUUUGAAGAGCAUUUGAUUAGGAAUAAUUUGUCAUUUAUUUCUUUUUUAGACACAAUACCUGAGAGCGUACAUUUUGGAAUUUAAAAAUCCUUUGUUAUUUUAGUUUUAGAUCUACUCCCUUUCUCAAUUUCUGAUAAAAUAUCAUAUUUUGUUUCUUAAGUCAGUGCUUUUCGUUUUCUUUCCAUGAAUAAAAAUAAACAAGAUUUUCCAUAUUUUCUUCCUUUUAUAUUGAAUAUCUUCUAUUAUAUUUUAAGGUUGACUUUUACUUAUAAAAUAUAUAGAUUUCUUUUCUUUUCAAUCAAGCAUACUUUGUAGUUUUCUAUUGAUUUUGUUUGUGAAAUCUGAUUAUAAAUGAUCAUAAUUAUUUUACUCGAGCAAAACUAUUAAAGAAAAGAAAUAAUAGAAUAAAAGGAAAUACAGUUUUAUCUUUGUGACAAGAACUCAUGCUAAAAAUAUCCUAAAUAGAAAACUAUUACAUACUUCUAUACAAAUUCAUUUUUAUAGAUAUAUUGAAUUAAAUACAACAAUAUUCCGCGAGUUUUAAUCCGUGCCAAUGAAAACGAAUGUUGAAAAUGCGGGAUAUAUUUACGAAUAGCUGAUAUUUGGAGUUCGUUAUAAAGGUGUAAUUUCCUGCACUUUUAACUAAAUCGGGACAAAGAAAAUAGUUCCUUAUAAGCGAUAAUUCCUUAUAACCGUGUUCGCUAUAACCGUAUAUAUUUCUAUUAAAUAAAGAAGGGCAAAAUUCGGGCCAAAAUAAAUUGUUCCUUAUAACCGGAAGUUCGCUAUAACCGUGUUCGUUAUAAGUGAAGUUUACUGUAAUUGAUAUACAUUUGUUUGACUUAUUAGUUGUCUGAAAUUCAUGCAAAACGUAUCCAGAAGGGGAUGUCUAAAACUAUGCUAUUAUUACAUAUUUGACAUUUUUCAUAGUAGCGAUUACAAAUUGUGGUGGGACAAAAAUCAUGCAAUGAACAUUCAUAAACAAGGUACAUCAUAAUUGUAUGAACAGAAUGUGUAUUUUACUGAAAUCAUUAUAACAGAUUCUUAGAUAUGAAAGUGAAUUAUAGACAAGUAAUAAGUUUUUAUAACUACAUGUAUAUUGGUGUAUCGUUGAUAGUUGCCAUCCAAUAUGGAUAUAUUCUCAAUAAAUUUUGUGCUGACUUAGUGACAGCUCUGAUUAUUUUUUUUAGUGAUAUUUGCAUAUAAUGCUGUUAUUUCUGUUUAUUUUUGUUUUAUAUUUGAUUAAAUUUGUAUAUCUUCUAUACAGUUGAGAUGCAUUUUAAACUAUCAGCUGUUGAGGUAUUGAUUUUGUGCUGACACUGGUUACUGUUGAAAUCAUUUUAAUUUGAUGAUUUAGAAUAUAAGUUUUGUUUUUUUACCUGUCUUGAGGUGUGCAGCUUUAACUUAUUUUAUUCAGUUCCUUAUUAUGAAGAUACAUGUACCAAUUUUAAAGCAGAAUUUAGGCACCAUUAGCGGGAAACCGGUAAAUAUAGAAGAAAAAAAUACAGCUACAAAAUCUAAAAGUAAACUGGUCAUUUUUAUAUUGACUUUUUGAAGAAAGGGAGACCUAUUGUACUCAUCCAAGUGUUGGUGUCAGCAUCAACAUUGGCGUCACACUUUAGUAAAGUUUUUGUGUGCAAAUUGGUAUCUCCAAGGAAUGGGUUGAAACUUCACACACUUGUUCUCUCUGAUUAUCUAAAUUUGGAUUCUUGCAUGAAGGGCAGAGGUCCCAUAUCUCUGUGUAACCUUUUUUUACAGAGUUAAGGCCCUUUUUUCACCAUCAAGCACUGAGAAUGGUCAAGUGACAGCUCCUGUUGCAAAAAACUAUCACAUGUAUUUUAGAUUUUUAUGAAGAUAGUUUUAAUAUUAUGAAUAUUUCUUUGUUUAUUAAAAUAAAUUGAUUUUUUAUUUCUAACUUAAAUCAGUGUUGCAUCUAGAAUUUCAAAAUUAUGGGGGAUUGUCCCCCACUCAACUGAAAAAUGUGGGGGAUUUGAAAAAAUGUAGGGGACAAUAAAAUAUGCUUUUACCUAACAAUAUGAUACGUAUUUUAAUCAUUACCUCGAGUGAAAACAAACAUGGCAGAAGCCUUCAAGAUACAAUGAAGAUUAACUAAAUUAAGUUGAAAAGAUAGUCAGAUGCGCGACUUGGCACGCAUUGACUUCAUUAAAAUGCGCAAGCUGCAAAAAAUAUGCACAAAAAGCGCAACCUAGAUGCAACACUGCUUAAAUAUCUGUAAUGUACACCACUGAAUGAAGUAUCUCACUCAAUGAUUUUUAUAUCUUAAUUAUUUAAUAUAUUACAUUGUCACCAGAUAUUAUAGAAUAGAAAAAAUUGUUAGACCCUCCUGGCUAGAUUUUAUUUCGAGUGAUAUUGUUAUAGGUUUUCUUCACUUGCAAUAAGUGCUGAUAAAUAUGGACUUUCUAAUUCCAUUAAAAGAUGUUUUCUAUAUUCACUGUAUACAACUACAUGUACAAAUAUCAUAUAUACAAAUUAUUGAAAAUUUGUUUUAAAAACUUCAAUAAAAGAUACUUUUAUUUUUGAAUAUCAGAGUGUUAUCACAAUUUAAACCAUCAGCUUUUUGCAAACACGUCUUUUGAAUUUAACCAGAGUUCAACAUGCAGUUUUGACACUCGUCUUUUAAGUGCAACCUAUUUUGACCAAACAUUCUAUGUUAAAAAGGGGCAUAGCUCCAGAAAUAUAGCUUUUAGAAUUAUGUUUUUUGACACUUAACUGCACCUUGUCAUAAGUAAGUAUUCCAAGUUUCAUGUUGAUAACUUUAAAUAAAAAUAUUUGAAUAAUUUGCUACAUUAAAGUUAUUGUAUGACAAUGAUGACACAGCGAUUACAACAGCUGGACUUUUUUUUUCUUCGAAACAGACAAGCUAGAAAUAAUGAAACACAUGAAGUCUCUGAAAGAAAGUAUCUUAAUGUCAGUUUUAAAUUGGUUUAAACAUAUUUAUUUAAGCUCGAUUGCGAAACGAGUUCUUGCAACUUAUAUUAAUCACUUUGGAGUCUGCUUCCUGGAACCAACCAGUACUGGUGUCAUAUGAAGAAACAUGGUCGUGACCAGAGUAGGGCUCGAACCCAUGAUCUCUGGGUUGAAAGGCAGACACCGUAACCACUAGACCACCGCUCCCCUUUCAGUUGUAAAUUGUUUUAUAUGUGAAAAAAAAGAGAGAAAUGAAAGUGAGUUCGACAGCUUUUGAUAUAUUUUAAUUGUUUUCAUACAGUAUUGUGUUUGAGAGAAUGUUAUUUGAAGGCCAGUGUUGUUGUCCCUUAAAAUUUUGUUUAAUAUUAUGCAGAUAUAAAUAGUGUCUUUCUUCAAUUUUAGUUUUAUUUUUAUUUAUGUUAAAUCUUACAAUGUUGUAUUUUAACACUCCCUUUUUUGUGGAUUUAAUGUUGUUGUUUUAAGCACAUAUUUAUAAUGUCAUUGUUUUAUAAAUGUGAUAUUUGUAACAUUUUACAAUAAAAAUCUUGUAGUGCUUUGUA